CCCCUCUAAUAUAGGCGAUGCGACUGCUGUGCGCGUCCUCGCGUGCAGAGGUACUGCUGAGCAACUGGCGCCUAUUGUGAAGCGCGUUCCCGUACUACUAUCUUCUUUGAAUCCACCACACACUCCUGAAUUACAGAUGAUCUAAGCUGAAGCAUGAUGAAGCAUACACACAAGUGCCAGACUCCUUCCUCAGUGACUGUGCGGGUCAAACCCGGCAACAGUUCAUACUCAGUCCAAAUCAGAAGAGGGCUCUGGCUCAAGAGGGCCAAUGAGCAAGGCCCCCAGGGCCCACCGGAAAAGAACCAGCCAGGCCAGCAUCGGGAUGAGAUGCAUUUUGACAAAAUGACCUUGACCCCCUCUAUUAUCAUCCAUUGUCAGGAGAUGGCUUCAUUCUUCAGACUUUUUGAAGAUGACCUGAUCCAUUACUUUUUGUUGAUGGACAGUUGCUAUAAAAUGACUGAUAAGUACCUUCUAGCCAUGACCUUUGUGUACUUCAAGAGGGCCCGCUUCACUACUGCUGAAUACACCAGGAAGAAUUUAUUCAUUGCACUGUAUCUUGCCAACACCAUGGAGGAGGAUGAGGAGGAGAAUAAAUUUGAGAUUUUUCCUUGGGCACUGGGCAAGAACUGGAGGACGCAGUUUCCUUGCUUCCUCAAGCAGCGAGACAAGCUGUGGGCUCGCAUCGAGUACAGAGCUGCCGUCAGCCGGCGCUGCUGCGAAGAGGUGAUGGCCAUUGUGCCCUCUCACUUUGUGUGGCAGCGAGAGCGCUCAGAGCACCACAGUGGCGCCCGGAGACAGUAUGGUGACCACGUUUGUGUUCCCGGCAGAUCCUCGGCCCCCCUGGUCUCCUGUGCACUCUGUGACCGUGGCUCCAGGUUAGUUCAGGGCCCAGGCUCCUCUUCUCGCUCUAGAAAAGGCUCUUCUGCACAGACCCCAAGUCCUGCCUCUACACACCCAUUUAUCUCCGCACUGAGCUUGGAGACCACCCCACCUAGGGUUGCUGCCUCUCGCCGGAAGGGGAUGAAAGCUAAAAUUCAAGCACAGCGCUCCUCCUGUCGCUGUGCUGUGGCGGUUCCCGGUAGGGGAUAAGUCCUCUUGUGAGUCCCCAGAUGACACCUCUAUGGACUGGAUUAAUGAGGAGUAGAGCAUCACCUGUUCCCUCUAUGAACUGACCAAGCUGUUCUGUGUCCUACUGCUUCUCCUCUUCAAUACCUCUCUGACUCUGAACCAUUUGAGUGCCUCCAAGUAGCCAUAAGAAAGAGCUAAUGUUGUUCCAGGCAUCACGUUCUGACGGGAACAUGCAGAAGGAUUUACGUUGCACACCAGAUAGUACCGUAAAAGGUUUGUUUAGCUUGCACUGAGUUCUUGAUUAUUAAUUUAUGUUAUUUAUAUACUGAAACACUUGACGAAUUGUUUGACGACCACCGAUUCACUACUGAUUAAGGAAGUUAAAUUGUUUACACUAUUGUUUACACUGUUUGACACAAUGGGAAUCUGCUGGGUGUGUUUUUGGUAUUUUAGCUGCUGAUGUGCAUGUGUUCAGCACCUCUCGAGUUUUGAAUAAAGGCUUAAACUUUG